AUGGAUAUUCGGCCAUUAGCCCUAAAGAGCUUAAUCACCGUUUCAGCAUUCGUUCAGCUCUUCGCACUCUUUAAGCUCAAUGCUUCGAAUGUCAAAACGAAUUCUUCUACCGCGACAUAUGCCGCCGUACUAGUGGCCUUUGUGGCUCGCGAUGAAGAUCUCUGCGGCGACGCGGAACAGGAAUAG